UGGAUGCAUCGGUGCCGUCCGUAGGUAUCAACGGUAGUAUACGAACCUACGCUGUGAAACCAACAAGAGACACGCAGUAGCAAAAUUGAUUGAUACGUACAAACCUGGGUUCGCGAACCAAAGAAAGACCAUGGGAACGAUUUUUGGCAAACAGACUGUAGCGGAGCCCGCCUUUGAGGUGUUGUAUCGGCAGACGCAGCAGGCUUACGAAAUCCGGCGGUACGCGACGCGUUUUGCGGCGUCCACUUCAACGGAUGCGAACUCGGACAGUGCUCCCUUCAACGCUCUCGCUCGCUACAUCGGAGUCUUUGGGACACCGGAGAAUCAAGGCCGGACGGCGAUUAGUAUGACCGCUCCCGUGGUCAAGGAAGAAUCAUCGGGUUCAUCACAACCAGAGGCCAUGGCUAUGACGGCGCCCGUCGUCAAGACGCCGUCCGAUCCGAAUGGCGAGGCUGGAAUGGUGAUGAAGUUUAUUCUUCCGGCGGCGUACGACUCCAUGGAGAAGAUUCCGCAACCCACCAAUCCACGCGUGCAUAUUGAGGAAAUUCCUCCGGCGGUGGGAGCCGUGCACCGGUACUCGGGUAGUUUCGAUGACGCCGUCUCGCGGAACAAAGCCCGAUGGUUGGCGCAGCAAUUGCGAGAGGAUGGGGUGGAUAUUACCGAAGAUUACGCCGUCGAGCACUAUCAGUUUUGGGGAUACAAUCCACCGUUUACGCUACCCAUGUUCCGUCGCAACGAAGUAUGGAUUGAAUUGGACGCGACGCAGGUUGAUCAGAUUGUGAACGGCAAGGGAGGUGCGGCGAGUUCUACGACGGCCGUCAACUAACGCGUGGAGUGGGAUUGACGGUGAGGAAUACCAGUGACUAUUGGCGUGUGUCGGUACGCUCGCGUACACCCGGCAGGUUUACCCAUGCAUUUAUGUUACCUAUCUAUACCCCCCGGGAAAAUAUUCUGUUGCCGAUA